AUGGAGAAAAAACCCAAGAAGAAGGAGGAGGAGGAGGAGGAGGAGGAGGAGGAGGAGGAGGAGAAGAAGAAGAAGAAGAAGAAGAAGAAGAAGAGGAAGAAGAAGAAGGGAUUUGAGUCAAAAUCUAGGCACUCUCUUUCUGAUCAAGAAAUGUGA